UAUACCAACCUCGUCGGUGUACGGGCAAAAAUAUCUCAGCUGGGCGCUGCCUUAAAAAAUUGUUUAAUUAAAUUAGCCUUGCAUUUAACAACAGUUUAAUUGCUGUGAAAAACUCUCAAUAUGUUGUGGCUGUCGAUAUUGUUUGCCAGUAUUCUUGCUGUUAACUGCAACUCGGUGGAGGAGUCAUUUAAAUUUCAUGGUGUAGUGCCAGAUGUGAUUCCAGAAGCACCAAACCAGUUGUUAAAGGUUACGUAUAACAAUGGCCUUGUUGCUAAAGAUGGCGUAGAGCUGACGCCUACACAGGUUAAGGAUCAGCCUGUGGUUGAGUGGACAGCUCAGCCAGGCGAGUAUUAUGCCUUGAUUAUGACCGAUCCCGAUGCGCCAAGUCGUGCUGAGCCAAAAUUUCGUGAGUUCAAGCACUGGGUUGUAGUCAACAUACCCGGCAACGAUUUGUCCAAGGGCGAUGUGCUUGCUGGUUACGUAGGCUCUGGUCCGCCCAAGGAUACUGGCUUGCAUCGCUACGUGUUUCUUCUGUACAAGCAACCCGGCAAGCUUCAAUUUGAUGGACAACGUGUGAGCAACAGAUCGCGUCAGGGUCGUCCAAAGUUCCAUGUGGCCAAAUUUGCAGAGCAUCAUCAGAUAAACGAGCUGGUUGCAGGUACUUUCUAUCAGGCACAAUAUGAUGACUAUGUGCCCACCGUGCACGCGCAGCUAUCCGGCAACUAAAGCGUUUCAUCAACAUUUCUAAAAUUUAAGUAGUUGCUUUCAAUUUAUGAACAAAUGAAUUUGGUUUUUAUUAAUUAAUGUA